GAACAUUUCGUGGUAGGCCAAUAGGAAUGCCGGGACGGUCCGUCCCUACUCAAUUAAGACUCGAGUAAGCUUCCGUAGCCAUUUUGGCUCAAGUUCUGUGGCAAUUCCGGCUCAGGGACCGUGGAGACGUGCCAUCUGGCCGGCCCGAGUAGCUUCUUGGUUCGUCCCAUGGCAUUUGGAGACCCCGCUGCGAGCGCAGCUUCUUUCUACCUGCAGGUUCUGAAUGAGAUUGCACACGCUGCUCUCGGACUCAAUCGCGGCCACCACGCUUCAGCGAAGACGUUCUUCAUCAGAGAGCGGUUAGACCCAUACAUCACGAGCAGAGUGCGUGAAGCUGUGAACGGUGAGUUUGGCGAGCUGGGCGAGUUGAGCACCCCACACGAUGGGAGUCUUUGUUUGGCAGACUCAGUCCCGAGCAUUCUGGCCGAGUGGGAUUCGCUGGCGCUGGACGAGAGGAGAAGAUACGAGCACAAAGCACAAGAACACGACAUGAAGUGUCAGCGGCAACUGGCGCAUCAGACAGAUCACCAGCAGCAGCUCGCCUCGGAAGCGUUCAGCCGAUGCACGCGGCGGAGGAUAGGACAGAGUGUGGUCUGAGAAGGUGUGGAAGGCAAUGCUCUCUUAGUUGAGUCAUUGUGGUUGUCUUCACAUGGCCAUGAAUAUUCGGGGGCUCGUUUGAGGUAGUUCUUUUGCCUAGUCCUGUCACUUUCGCCCCUGGCUUGCCUCUCCGCCCCUAUCGUUUAUCCUCUGCUUUGAUUGCUGCCUUGGCGCUUGUUUCAGAGAAGCACCAGUGCACGUAAGGCCCUGGAGAACAA